AUGUCCGACCGCCCCUACGACCAGAGCGCCGCCCAAGACGCCGGCUACGCAGCAGGUGAAGCUCAGCAGGGCUUCCAAGACGUGGGCAACGAUGCUCGCCGCGACGAACAGAGCGUCGAGAACAUGCCCGAGAACGUCGGCCGUGAUAUCAUGGACGCACCGGGCAAGGUAGCCGGUAAAGUCGGCGAGAUGUUCGGUGGAGUGGACCGAGAUGCCAACCGCGCCGAAGGCGACGUGCAGAACUUUGACAACAACGAGCAGAGCUCUUUCGAUCAGGGUGAGCAGCAAGGGCGUCAGUAA